AUGGCCCCCUUCCAUCCUGCUCUCCAGUCCUGGAUACAUCUUUGUCUCCGGUGUCUCCUGCUGAUGCCAGCAGUGGUGUCCCAGCAAGGUUCACACACCCAGGCUGAGGACCGCCUGUUCAAACACCUGUUUGGGGGCUACAAUCGCUGGGCACGGCCAGUGCCCAAUACCUCUGAUGUGGUCAUUGUACGCUUUGGAUUGUCCAUUGCCCAGCUCAUCGAUGUGGAUGAGAAGAAUCAAAUGAUGACAACCAAUGUCUGGCUAAAGCAGGAAUGGAAUGACUACAAGCUGCGCUGGGACCCAGAUGAGUUUGGCAACAUCACUUCCCUCCGGGUCCCCUCAGAGAUGAUCUGGAUCCCAGACAUUGUUCUCUACAACAACGCAGAUGGGGAGUUUGCGGUGACCCACAUGACCAAGGCCCACCUCUUCUUCACGGGGACCGUGCACUGGACGCCCCCGGCCAUCUACAAGAGCUCCUGCAGCAUCGACGUGACCUUCUUCCCCUUCGACCAGCAGAACUGCAAGAUGAAGUUUGGCUCGUGGACGUACGACAAGGCCAAGAUCGACCUGGAGCAGAUGGAGCGGACGGUGGACCUGAAGGACUACUGGGAGAGCGGCGAGUGGGCCAUCAUCAAUGCCACCGGGACCUACAACAGCAAGAAAUACGACUGCUGUGCCGAGAUUUACCCUGACGUCACCUACUACUUCGUCAUCCGCCGGCUGCCGCUCUUCUACACCAUCAACCUCAUCAUCCCGUGCCUGCUCAUCUCCUGCCUCACCGUGCUCGUGUUCUACCUGCCCUCCGAGUGCGGCGAGAAGAUCACGCUGUGCAUCUCGGUGCUGCUCUCGCUCACCGUCUUCCUGCUGCUCAUCACCGAGAUCAUCCCGUCCACCUCCCUGGUCAUCCCGCUCAUCGGCGAGUACCUGCUCUUCACCAUGAUCUUUGUCACCCUCUCCAUUGUCAUCACGGUCUUCGUGCUCAACGUCCACCACCGUUCCCCCAGCACCCACAACAUGCCCGGCUGGGUGAGGGUGGCCCUGCUGGGCCGGGUACCCCGGUGGCUGAUGAUGAACCGACCCCUGCCGCCUAUGACGCUCCACGGCUCCCCGGGUCUGAAGCUCAGCCCCACUUACCGCUGGCUGGAGACCAACAUGGAUGCUGAGGAAAUGGAGGAGAUGGAGGAAGAGGAGGAGGAGGAGGAGGAGGAGGAGGAGGAGGAGGAGGAGGAGGAGGAGGAGGAGGAGGAGGAGGAAAACAUAUGUACGUGUACAGGCCUCCCAGAUUCUUCCAUGGGAGUCCUCUAUGGCCAUGGCAGCCUGCAUCUGAGGGCUCUGGGGCCCGAGGCCAAGGCUCCAUCCCAGGAUAGUGAGAUCCUGCUGUCUCCUCAGAUACAAAAAGCACUAGAGGGUGUACAUUACAUCGCUGACCACCUGAGGUCUGAAGACGCCGACUCUUCGGUGAAGGAAGACUGGAAGUAUGUGGCCAUGGUGGUAGACCGGAUAUUCCUCUGGCUGUUCAUUAUCGUCUGCUUCCUGGGGACAAUUGGGCUCUUCCUUCCUCCCUUCCUAGCUGGGAUGAUCUGACCUCACGUCCCUCGUGUUGGCUCUAAGGUAGCCUUGGCAACUAACUUCCGGUCUUGUCUAACUGGAACCAUCUCUAGAAUGUUCUUUCGGGGUCAAUACCAUCUGCCUACUGUGCUUCUAUGAGGCCACCAAACUAGCCUGGACCUCACCUCCUCCUUGGAAGAGCUCAUGAUACCAUUGUUGUGACAGCGCUGAAGCCACUCAACAUGACACCUAUUUAGGGAUGCUGAGGAGCUAGGAAAGGUGAAGCCAUUUGCUCUGCAGAAGGGGAACGACCUGACGAGGACAUGAGGCAGAACAAGAUGUUCCUGAAAGAGCAAUAGGAACUGCAUGUGACAAAAAGGUCAAACAAAGGGAUGGGGGAGUCAGACCAGGGCAAAGAGAAAUAGAAUACAGGCCCAAAGGUAGCCACAUGGGACCAAGCCUGGUGUGGAAGAAUUCUGAACAACACGUUGGAUUCAGAGCAUCAGAGAGGACAGACGACUUGGGGGCGGAAGCUGGGGAGGCAGGUUGGGGUAUCUUGAAUCCAGGCCUAGGAAGAAGUUCAUACUUUUCUCCGAACCUGUCUCCAUGUGCUUUGUGAGGAAAUAUCAGGGAUAAGGCCACUUCCGGAAGGAGUGGGGCACAAAGGAAGGUCUGGAUCGGUGGUUCUCAAAGACCCUUUCACGUGGGUCACAUAUCAGAUAUCCUGCAUAUCAGACAUUUACAUUACAGGUCAUGACAGUGGCAAAAUUACAGCUAUGAGGUAGCAACAAGAUGGAUUUAUGGUUGAGGGUCACCACAACGCGAGGAACUGUAUUAAUGGGUGGCAGCGUUAAGGAAGGUUGAGAACCCCUGUUCGAGAUGCCCUGGUGGAUACUUGGGAAAGGGAAAUGGCAAUAUUGAGUAUAAGCGGAUGGGCCUUCAUUCAUCUGAAGGGCACCUUUGAGUCCCCAGGUUGCCCUCAGCAUCCUGUCUCACUGUUCCAUGCUGCAGAGAGGUCCAAUAAUUGCUCACAGGCUCCACGGCCACCUUAAAGUCAUCAAGUGACAAAAUGAGAAGGCAAUAUUCACUGUUGGCACCCCUCUUGCCACCCACAGGCCCUGAGCCCGAUUCCCUGCUCCGUCAGCAUGCCUCGCAUAGGAACUGAGCUCCUUGCUUCAAGCUCUUUCAAUUGUGUACUCCUUCUGGGCAGGCUUUCUGCUUUUCUUAUUCUCUCCAGUCCAUGUGGGGUGAGAGUUCAGCCACUCACUGUACCAUUCAUUCAUUCUGAGUAGUGGAAAGAAACAAGCUGGGUUGUUUUGGGCUCCGGAACUGCUAUAACUCCCUAAAAGCUUCAGGGAGGUCUCCUCCCCAGCCUUCCCAGGAUCCCAUCAGGUGGCUAAACUGCUCUGAACUGUUCUGUGCAACUUGUUCUUGAAUUUGUAAUAUUCCAAGACCCUUCGCAACGCAACAUAAAAGUCAGGGGAUCGGCCUCUUAGGACAUUGUCCAGUCUCUGAGAAGCCGGAUCCCAGAAGCUAACAGCAAUGGGAUUCAGGAUGGCUUACCAAUAUAGAGUCCAAGGUAGGAAGCAGAGUAGGGCGAACUUCUGGUUUCUUGUUUGUCAGGUGCUUUUCUUUUGAACCCCACACACUGCACCUUCACAGACCGAAGGGGAGCUUGCUUAUGAGAGGCCUUACCCAGACACCCCCUUUCCAGUUCUCAUGAGACUGGACUCAGUCACCAAUUCAGGUCUUGGCUUCCACUUGCUCCAGGGAAUGCAGCCUGCACCCCCCUCCCAGUGUUCCAAGCCCUGCGAUGUGAUUUCCUGCUGCCUGCUGCAUUAUUAACAUCUCCCAUCCUCCUGGCACGUGAGCAGAAUCGUGGAACAAAGCUAAGACGGCUGCUGUCGAGGGUGCCAUGAUUUUAGGUCAGCCACCUCAGCUGUCUCUGGCAUCAUCUAGUCCCCUCCAGAGCUUAGGAGGUUCGGGGAGAGUCAGGAGACGAAGUGUUCCACAGAGGGAACUGCACAGCAUCUCCCUGGAAGGCUGCCUUUUAGAUGAGAUGUUGCUACUGCCCACCUGGGGCAAAGGGCAGGAGAGUACCACACAGCUCCUGCUCUCUACUGGACAGGGGUAGAGCCAAUUCUCCCACGGCAGCGGCUCCAGG